CUCUCGUUGAGAAACAUUGCCAUUUGCCUGUCAUAGAUAGGUACUUUCUCUACAACAGAAGAGCAGAAAUUUUUGUGAUCAAACAGAAAGCCCCCAAAAAACCUACUACGUGUCACCAAUCCAUACCCAAUAAGACUCCUUCUAGUCCUUCAACUCUACUCACAACCUAACUCUUCGCUAAAUAAUCUCUGAUUAAUCAUAUCUGAUAUGCCUAUUCUUGUUAGUCAAAAUACUAUUACUACUCAUUCAUAUUUCAUUUCCCUUACAUAAACACAAAAAUAUAUCACUUCAGUCAACUUCUUUGUUCAAUCUCAUUUCUUGGUCAUGCUAAAAGUCCUCAGCGAAAAGCUGAAGCGCCUAUGUUUUGGCCUAAGAUGGCCUAUUCGUCGCCGUUCAAAGACCAAAAUCAAGAUUACUGUCAAACACUUAGGAAAAUCCAAUUCCAAGUCUCAUAAUUCUCAAAUUGAUACAAACCAAUUAGAACCAUCAAAUGCUAAUGGUUCUGCAGUAAUUCAUCCAAGCAAUGGUGAAUUAAGUCGUUCUAAAUCUGGACGUACUAUACGUGUGGCAACAUUUAAUGCUGCACUUUUUUCCAUGGCACCAGCACUUCCAAAAUGUAUUAACAGGUCAGUUAGUUUUGAUUUUGAAAAUGACAAAUUCUCCAAUGAUUAUUAUAAUUUAAGAGCAAAAUCAACAGAUGAUCGUCCUAAGAGCAUACUCAAACAAUCACCUCUACAUCAAGAAGCUGAUACAACUCUAUUAAAGAAGCAAGCUUUUGCGAAAUCUAAGUUAAGGGUGUCAAUAAAUUUACCAGAUAAUGAAAUAUCAUUGAAGAAAAGUGGACAAUUAAGCUUUUUGGGAUGUAGAGGAAAGGCACCUUUAAGGUCUACUGUGAGUAUGCCACGUAUUGAUCAUGGCCAGAGUAGUUAUAGAAGUACAAGAAGUGUUCUUGAAGUGUUGAAAGAGUUAAAUGCUGAUAUUUUGGCAUUGCAAGAUGUUAAAGCUGAGGAAGAGAAAGGUAUGAAGCCAUUGUCAGAUUUGGCUGAUGCUUUAGGGAUGAAUUAUGUAUUUGCAGAGAGUUGGGCACCUGAAUAUGGUAAUGCUAUAAUGUCAAAGUGGCCUAUUAAGUCUUGGAAGAUACAGAAGAUCUUUGAUGACUCUGAUUUCAGAAAUGUUCUGAAGGCAACAAUUGAUGUUCCUCGAGUUGGAGAAUUAAAUUUCUACUGCACGCACCUUGAUCACUUGGAUGAGAAUUGGCGAAUGAAGCAGAUAAAUGCAAUAAUCCAAUCCUCUGAUAAUAAGCCACACAUUUUAGCUGGAGGUCUAAAUUCUCUUGACGAAACGGAUUACUCUCCAGAAAGAUGGACAGAAAUUGCAAAGUAUUAUGAAGAGAUGGGAAAGCCAAUACCAAAAGUCGAGGUAAUGAAGUAUUUGAAGAGUAAAGAAUAUACUGAUGCUAAGGAUUACGCUGGGGAAUGCGAGUCUGUUGUCAUGAUCGCUAAAGGACAGAGUGUGCAGGGAACGUGCAAGUAUGGAACUCGGGUGGAUUACGUACUCUCAUCAUCCGAUUCACCAUACAAGUUUGUUCCAGGCUCAUACUCAGUUUUCUCCUCAAAAGGAACUUCUGAUCACCACAUAGUGAAAGUUGAUGUGGUAAAAGUAGAUACCGAUUCUCAACAAUAUGUCAACAAGAAAAGGCGGAAUUCAAAACAUAAAGUAGUCAGGAUUACUCAUUCAAAUCCAAACAGGGGUAUAUGGAAAAUAGACACAUGAAACAUUUAUGCUUCCUUCUCUGUUCUUUUGUAAGAAAGAUCUCUUUAAGAAAUCUUUAGGGUGGGCAAGCAUGUUGUUUCCACCUCAUUGCAUCUUGCUUUAGAAUGGAAGAUGCAAAAGGAACAGAUGACAUGAUUUAUAUGACAGAUAUUGUGAUCGAAUAACAUAUCAAAAGCAAUUUGAGAUUGACUAUAA